AUGCCCCGAACAACAGGCGACGAAGUUUUAGCGGACGAUCUUGAUGGCAGCGAGGGCAGCGAUGUCGGCGAAGAGAUCGAAGAGACCAGAGUAGAGACCGACGUUGAGGCCAAGAACCAGAUAAAUGGAGAGCUCCAGGACGAAGUUGAGGAAGAAGAAGCGGCGGCCGCAGCAGAGGAGGAGGCAGAGGCAGAGGCGGCACCGGCCGCUGACGCGCCCGAAGAUGACGAAGACGUGGACGAAGACGAUGACGAGGAGGGGGAAGACGAGUACGUCGUCGAAGCGAUCCGAUCACAUCGAGUACGCAACGGCCGAGUCGAGUACCUGAUCAAAUGGCUGGGCUACGAGGAGAGCGAAAACACAUAUGAACCCGAGGAAAAUCUGCUGCCUCACGCCGCCAAAAUCCUGGCUAGUUACCACACAGCACUCGGCGGCCCGCCCACGGCAAAGAACGUCCGAAAAUCAAAAUCCAAACAAUCUCUCCGCCGACGGUCGACCGCGUCCGAGUCCCCCGCGCGCGCCUCCAAACGACAAAAGCGCAGCAAUGGAGAAGGGGCAGAUCCACAACAACCAGAAGGAGACUGGCUGCCCAGCCAGAAGGACUGGGAACCAUUGAUUGACGUAGUGGACACCGUGGAGAAGAACGAAGCCGGCCAGCUGGUCGCCUACAUCAAAUUCAAGAACGGCAACAAGACGAAAGUCACCAUGGAUAAGGUGUACCAGCAUUGUCCGAAGGCAAUGCUGAAGUUCUACGAGGACCAUCUGAAGUUCAAGUGA